GAACAUGCUGGCCGACUGACGCGAUCGUCACCGGCCGACGCCUUCAAACUGGAAGCUCGGUAAGUAAAGACUAAAUAGGCUACUUAUUACGAUAAAAAUCGUUGAAAUAACGAUCAAUCUUGUACUAUGUGUUCUUGUUAUACUCAGCCGACGAUUCAUUAUCGUAAAGUUUAUCUACUGAAAAGGGAAGUCUAAAUAUUCCGGACCAAGUGCGGAGUAAAAUGUCUGAAUGUAGAAAGAAGGAAGUCCUCUUUUUCACUCUACUGUACUCUGAUACUCUCUACAAUUAAGAAAGAAAAUACAAGGAGGGAUUGGUUUGUUAUGGCCAUAUUUUGGGAUGUUUUUAGGCAAAUAGUUGACUAUUUUACUGUAGGUUUGGCGGAAAUGAUACUGGUCAUGAAGUUUUUCAAAACCCUUAGAAAAAUCAAUCCGCCUCUCGAAGCCAGAUGUCUAUGAUUAAAAAGGACGGUGUGGGCCUAACCAGUCUGUAGCCUGCUGUAGCACAGAUGCUUUCAGUUGUUGGAGGCUUUCCUCUUGACAAACACGUAAUACCAAAAAUAUUGUAUUUAAAGAAACACAAUUUAAUCUUGUAAUACACACAAGGGCGUGUCCAUGGAAAAGUAAGUAAAUUCUUAUUUGAAAACUAAUGCAAAUGUAUUUUAAAUAUGCUGUCAUAUCAUAGAGUAUUAGUAUUAGUAUAUUCAGGAAAAAGCAGUGAUAUUUGACUCAAGCAGAAGAAGUAAUUCCAGUUUGUAUUCUGCUCUGCAAACCAUAAAAGUUCUUAAGUAUUUUUUUAUCUUCUUUUUUUAAGUUUUGUCCCACUCCCAAAUUAAGUUUAGGGAUGUUUCCCAAAUUUACCCACAGUUUUUAUGUGUGAAGGCAUUUUCAAAGGUGAAGUUAUUAGAUAAGGCUGCAGAUUUAGAUCUAGAUUUUCCAUGCCGUGUCUGCCCUAAGUGACCGUCAUAACAGAUAAUAAACUUUAAUGAAUAUGAAAUAAAUUGUAAAUGAAAAUAAAUCAGUUCUUUUUCUUCUUAAUAAAGUUCCUCUUCUUCUCAUGGAUGUUUUGCAAACUGGGCUCAUGUCUGGCUGUGCAGAGAGGUUUCAUAUCACAAGCAAAACAAUAAGGACAAUUCAUUGCAAUGAGCAAGAAUGGUCAUAAAUGCAUCAAAUAAAAGUUUAUCAUGUUUAACUUGAAAUCUGUGAUAUUUAUUUGGCCUAAUCAAUUCAUAAAACUUAAAAUAAACGUAGGGGGAUGUUUUUACUAUAACUGACAAACACUGGCAUGGCCAUUUUUUUCUUUGAAGUGUAGAUAUCAUCCAAUCAAAGCCAAAAAAACUACAAUAAUAUGAGUAAACGAUUUAACUGGGUAAUUCCCAAACCUGGCUUUUGCAUUUAUGACUUUAUUAUAUGCUAGUACAUUUAGUUAGAACUGUUGUCUGAUAAUGUUAUGUUUAAGGUCAUGCCAUUGUCUAGUCUUGUCAACUGGAUUAAAAUUGUGACAUUAUUGUCUCAUAAAGUUUCUACCACAGUUUAUUAUCUAUUAUGACGGCUUUUAAGGCAGACACAGUGUGGGAAAUCUAAAGUACACACAUUUCAGCUCUAUACUGGACCGUUUUUCCACAUUUACUGUUUCCUUCAUAGCAUACCUUGGCUGGAUGAGAAAUUUGUAAUGUCCCUUGAGUAUAAAUGUCCAUUCUCUUUUCAACAGCAACAUAAAAAAGGGGUCUAAAUCUGUCAAAUCUGUUCAAAUGGAGUGUCAUUGUUUAAUAACCAACCUCAGAGGGGUCCACUGCACAACAAAAUCACUGCAGUGCAGUUUAAACUUUAAAACCAUGCCAGAUUUGCACAAUAACAUGACUGCAGCUAAUUAUUAUUUUGCUAUUUUUGUUCAUAAGUUAAUUUAGGAUUUAUUUGCUGGUCCAAACAGUUCACCUUGCUAACUGUCCAAAAGAAAAAGUUGUAAAAAUGGCUUUAGUCAUGGACUGACCUUUAUUGAUAUUUACUGUGAUGCCAAACGUUUCCUCAGGAACUAAAAGGACUCAUUACAACAUUCAAAAAAAGGGAAGUGGAAGAAAAACAGAGUAGCAUGUUGUAUAAAACUUGCAUAUGGUUUCUUUCAAGCUGUGUUGUUCAGUGCAGUUCAGACACAUUUUCUCUGAAGGAGUGUUCGGCUGUGCGUGUAUGCUGCGUCCAACUGCAGGUUUGCGUCCCCUUUUACUGUCCUUACUAAAGCUUUAGGAAUUUCAUUAAUCUGUGUGGGUGUACAGCUGAAGUCGGCUCCAUUUAGACAUGGAUCGCUGUGGGACUCUGGCUCAGGAUUUCUCUGCAAAACUAAAUCCUAAUUGUAAGUCGACUGUGUAGUUAUAGCUUUCUAUAUCGUCUUUGUUUUACAUUUUGACAGUGUAGUUUUCCAGUUUGAUAGACUGGAUGUGAAACAAAAGAGAAGAGACUAUUCAACUGUCAGUGGAGGUUGUAAACAUUAUUUUUUUGUCUUUGACAGUAUUGAGAGUAGGCCUGUCACGAUAACAAAUUUUGCUGGACGAUAAUUGUGCUACAAAUUAUUGCCGAUAAACGAUAUUUUUGACACCAUUUUUUAAAUUAUAGAUAAUGAUAUUAUAUGGCAUAAUAAUGCGAGUACACCAUGUCAAAAGUGAUAAACUUUAAUUUCCACACGAGAACAACACUGGUUGUUUUCGUUGACUAAAAUAUUUCCCUUUUCUCCCACGACGAAGAUGUAAUGUUGACGAGCUAAACAUAAGUCGGAGAUGACUAAAAUGUGACGAGACGAAAGUGCGUUUACGUUGAUGGGACGAGACGAAAAUGACGAACAGAGUUGCAAAACUCAGUCAGUUAAACGCUAAACAUAUAGGAGCAGCUUCAGUCCGCUCUGACAGCUCUCAUCAUCCUGCUGUGCUCCUCCAACACACAGACACACACGCGCGCGCGCACACACGUGGAGUUUUGUGGUUGACGAGAACAAAACUGGUUUAAAGCCGAAAUAUUCCCACACUUGGGCUGUUGCGUUCGGUUUAGACACCAAAGCUGUCGUGUUCAUUCUGUUAGCUUGCUUUUCACUCACGACGCUCACUUGCAGUACUGUAUCCAAAAAGUCUGUGUCUGUGUGCCUGUGCGCGCCUACGUGUACCUGCGCGCGCGCUCCCCCGUGACAAAGAUACUGAAUGACUGACAGGAGGGUUCACUAACUCCGUUCAUUCCGCUAUAGAGCCAACGCCCCCAGGUGCCGAGAACAAUGCGCAGAGUGAGACCUCUUCUCUCAUCCAGCGUGUUUGGUAGCGAGAGAGGAGGAAAACAAACGCACGUAAAUUAUCGAGGCUGGUAAAGUUAUCGACCUCGUUUUUAUUUAUCGAGCGAUAAGGCGAUUUAUUGAUUAUCGCGACAGGCCUAAUUAAGAGCUUUUCUUUGUUUUGUUUCUUUUUUCUAUUUGACUGCAGAUUUUUCAAGUAUACAACUUGGGCUGUAGAGAAUUAUUGAUCACUUUGUUUGCCAUUACUGGACUAUUGCUAGCAAAUUUUAGCUCUGACUGACCAUUUUGGUCAUUAUUGAUAAAUCUCUGUUGAGCCUUUAUUUUGGUUUUGUAUGUAAUUUAGAAAAAGAGUUAAUAGAAAUCUUAAUUUCAUCUGGAAAUAUGAUGCCAAAGUUUUAUUGUUUUUACUGCUAAAAGUCAAAGAUAUGCCUAUUAUUGGUGCAGGAAAAUUGAGUAUAAUCUAAUCUCGAGUAUAACUCUUUCUUUGAAUUAUGUAAUCGAACCAUCAACUAUUAGAUAAUGUGUUGUUGUUGUUUUUAAUCUUCACAGUAAACACAAAACAGAGAAAGUCAACCAUCAGUUUUUUUUUAAAGUGCACUUUGAAUUGAAUCCUUUUUUAUGAUGUGUCUUUUGAUACAUUUUGACAUCUGAUUUUUUUUGUCUUUAUCUGUGUUUGGUGAAAGAUUUAUGAACUAGAGCUUUUUCAGACUUUUUAACCCAAAUGGUCAUGUUUUGAUCCUGUUGGUUGGAAGCUAUGGCUAACCUUUGACACUUAAGAGGAAGCUAGCAACUUGCACUAUGUGUCUUUUAUGGUUAAGUGUAGAGCUUCUCCAGUGAUAUGGUGAAUUUCCUCUGAUCUGUGGUGGUUUUCAUAUGAGUCUGCUCGAAAAGAAAGACAUCAGAUUUCAAGUGACAGCUCAUAUUUUGCUUUCUCUAAGCUCAGUUGUUUGCAGAUAUUUUCCAUUAGACUCUCUAAAUAUCAGACUGUCACUAUCAGUUUGAUAGAGACUAGAUCUUUGUGGGGACUAUGACACCAGUUUUCUGUAAUACUAUUAUUCAUUCUUGCAGAAAACUUGGAGAGGCUCAGGUCACAGGGGGCUGUCACUCUGUUUUCAUCAUUGUAUGUAGCACAACCAAACAUGUUAUCCUUGACUCGAGCCAGAGGGAAGAGCUAGUGAGCCAGCCCUGCUGGAGGCAGCCUAGGGAGGGAGGGAUAUGGGGAACUGGAGAUGCAUUUCCCAUAAGUCAUUGUACGUAGGCUCCUCCCACCUUGUUGGCUGAGAGCAGAGCGACAGAGCUGAGCUGUUACCGAGAAUCAGGCGAGACAGCAGCAGUAGCACCUAGUUACACUCAUGUGGAUGUUAGGUUGUUCAGAGUGGAUACAGACAGAGAGAUAGCAGCUUGGACUGGCGUCUGUUGGUAGGUGUGCACACCCCUUGGCCUUACACACACACACACACAUACACACACACACAGGGCUGUUUUUGCGGUUGUGUUUACUUCUCUCUACUUCCUUUCCACGUAAAUUCACCCGGGUGUGGUGUUGCACUUUCACAGCCUCAGUGUAGUGCCUCAACAAGGAAGUGACAGCUGCUUUGCUUUCUCCUAGAUAAUCUUGCAGUGCAUGAAGUCGUCACACGAGGUAAUGACGCUAUUAAACUUAAGCAGCUUUUUAUUUUAAGGUUAAAAAAAAAAACUACAGAAUUACUUGUGUUAGGUAUGUGUUAGUACAAUCUAAAGCCAGGAUGAUACAGACAGGCUUUUUUUGCCGCCAUGUGUUUGUUAUAGUUGAGAUUUCUGAAAAAAAUUAGAUAAAAAAUAACUUCAUGUGAGAUUACAUAGAGAGUUCAGGACUGAGCGACAGGUGGAGGCUGCAGAGAAGUGCAAAAGACACUGAUGCAACAUGUUGAAACUGACAUGCUAGCUUUUAGUUUGUGCGUUUAAGUUGUGUUUGAUGCGAAGGGGCUGUGCUGAGACAAGAAGAGUCAUUGAGUCUAUUGAUUUUACACUUAUCUUUAACUUUUAUGGAAAACUUAAAUUGAUCGAGAAUCUUUUGAGUGUGUGUGUGUGUGUAGCCCGACUUAUGAGCUGUACUUCACUUCCUCAGACUGAAACAGAGUACCUGCAUCUACACGGUUGCAACUGCCAAAACAAGGCUGGGGUUGAGUUUCCUGUCUAUAACCGCAAACUUUCAGAUUUUCACUUUGCGAUCAUAAAGAGACCGUUAUGACCUCAUUUGACUCCGAUAAAUAUGACAUUCUCUUUAGUGCCUCAAUUGAUGCGUGAUUUACAGCAACCCCAAACCUGUGACUGAACCGUUAACAUAUGUACAUAAGUUUGCUUACCCUAAAAUGACUCAAGUCCUUAUGCUUGGACUCAGGAGGUAACAAAUGAACUUUGAAGGGCUUGGCGGUGUUUGCUAAAACCCUUAAAAAAGGAUAAGAUUGAUGUUUCAUCGUUGGUAUCAAGUUUUUUCUCCUACUGAGCAAUUUCAAGUUUGUAGAAGUGCAGAUUUCAUAACAUUCAUGGCAUUUCAUUGUAGUUCAUGUGAUGAACUGUCCAUGCUGUGCCAUUAAUCCAACAUAGUGUAGAAUUAAAGAGCCGCCACACAGUUGACCUUAUCCGUUUUAAUGUGAUUAUCAAAGGACAUGAAUUUAUUGUCAAUGCAAUAGGGCUGAGCGACAUGGCCUCAAAUCAAUAUCACGAUAUAUUGAGCUGUUCACCUUGAUAACGAUAAACGGACGAUAACUACUUCACAUUAAUUUUGUCUACUUCAGCCGCCGCUCCAGCCGCUACAACUUUUAAACCGUCCUCGAUCUCCUCACCUGACUUUCCCUCUUUGUUACGGACUGGAUGUGGCGUAGUCACAUCUCUGACGUAGGACAGUGUCUCAAUGGGACAUUAGACUAUAGCCUACGUAGACACAUCCAAAACCAACUUUUAUUUAUUUAUUUUUUUGACACUGAAUAUACCGAUAAGGGCAAAAUGACGAUAGCUAUUGACGUAAAUUUCUGUAUCGGUAAAUGUUCGGUUUAUUGCCCAGCCCUACAUUGCAAGAGACACAACUGUAUCCGUACAGUUGGAAAGUCAAAUUCAGACAGGAUUGUCAGAGAAGUUUCAGUCUUCCCAUAAGUCAGUUUGUAUUCUCACACUCACUCACUCAAUCGAUCAAUCAAUCAAUCAAUCAAAUUUUAUUCAUAUAGCACCAAAUCACAAUAAGACGCUUUCCAAAAAAAAAGAGCAGGUGUAGACCACGCUCAUUGUUCAACCGCUCAACCUUUAGAUGAGACAGAUUUGACCCAUCUCAUCUAACAUGAGUGACAGUGGCAAGGAAAAACUUCCUUUUAACAGGCAGAAACCUCAGGAAGGACCAGACUCAUGUUAGACAGCCACCUCGCCGCUACUACACUGAACCCAGUCAGUUUUCAUACACGUGUAGAAUCACUCAACUCAUCUGUCCGCUUUGAUGGUCUCUGUUUUCAGAUCAAGCAGAUGAAAUGGCGGUGAGGCAAAGGAUUUUUAACUCAACAUCCCCAUUCUCCGGGGCAACAAAAGCCGACCUGAAGGGCUCGUACCCAUCAUGCUCAGCUGCGGAGCAAGAGCCAGAGGAGGAGGAAGAGGAGGGCAGAGACAGCAAAAUGAGCUACAUCGCCUGUCUGAACCCUCUGAUCAAUAAACUCCUUACACAUGGAACUGCCGAACAAGUGGGAGAAAUGCCGCUGAAGACCUCAACCUUCAUUGCCCAGGCUGAAUGUAAUUAUGUUUUUUAAUUGUAAACAUAAUAAAUCAAAUAAUGGAGUCUGGUUGUAGGAUUAAUCAUCAACUCUGCUCCCUGUAGGUGAAACUCAGGACUCCCAAGAGUUCAGUCCGUCCUGUUCUGAACGCUCCUUUCUUCCGUCCCCUAACUGCUUCACCAGCAGGUAUGACCUUACCUUGAUGUCAGCAUCGUUUCCUUAUUUGGCACUUUGUUCAGAGAGGUCCUGUUGCAUUUUUCUGGAAUUGACAUUGUCACUGUGCCUCCGCUUCAGUCUUUCCUCAGAGCACAACAACGUGGCGUGCCCAACCCCGGCCUCCGUCCAGCAGCCGAGCAACUCUUCAGCUCAGCUCAGCCCGAGAAAGAAGGCCAAGAAAAAGCAGAAGCACAAAGGGAGGAAGAAAGUGGAGAAGAAGAAGAAGGAGAAGCAGCAGCAGCAGCAGCAGCAGCGACAAAGACAUCUAACGUCCUCUGGAGUCCCUGAACAGGAGAGUGGAAGGUCUCUGGUCCGGAUCCUGGUAAGACCUGGUUUCUUUGCACGUGUCAUUUAGUCUUAUUAGUGAAUCAUCUUUAAAGAAAGUGCUUCAUUCUUCUCAUGCAAACAUUAGCUCCUCUGUUGUGAAGGUGAAUCACUCUACCUGCCUCUUAUGGUCUUGAUGCUAACUCACUCACUGAGAACAUGACCAUCACAGCCACUUUUCUCCUGUAGGACGAAUCAUCUCUGGGAAGAGGAAGUGACCUCAGCUCAUCUUGCUGUAGCAGCAUUGAAAGCUCAGGGGAGCAGCACAGAGGGCCAUCUCCCUUCAACACAGGCUCAAGCUGCUCUCCUCUGAACUGGGGGCACCAGGUCUGCGGACCCCUGCUCCAUCCCUAUGGGCAGGACAGUGACUCAGACUCUGUCAGCAGUCUGGGUGACUGCUCUCUCGCUCUUGCUGGCCUCAGGGGCAGCGUCAGUCAGGGGGACCCGUGCUACGCGGGGCCUUUCUUCAAAGAUGUGGAGAGGGAUGUAAGAGAGGAAGACGAUGACUUCUCCCCGGCUGAGUCUGUCACCAACGAGGGGUUAAUCUUUUAUUUUUGUGAGGUAUGUCUACACUCUACUUCUUUUUUUUUUUUGUCUUGUGGUGAAAUAAGCUUCAACUGAACUCACUCCUCUUUUCUUUGGUCAGAAAAUCCAGCCUGUUGACUCUGAGUACAAGGAAGGGAGUGAGUACGUCCUCUCAGAGCUCAUCAAGGAAGGCUCCUACGGUGAAGUGUACAGUGCUCACGAUGUCAAAACAGGCUUCAAAUUUGCCGUCAAGAAGGUAAAACCGAGCACAUCAGCCUCCUUUUUUCCAUCUCAGCUUGGUUUGACUCUGACGGCUCACAUAUCGGCUCCAUCCUUGGGUUACAGGUCAGCCUGAAGAGGUUCAACAGUGAGGAGGUCGGUGCGUGGAGCAUCCUCAGAUCUCCUCGAGUGGUGGAACUCUUUGGGGUGGUCAGAGAGGGGCCAGAUGUCUUCUUUUUCAUGGAUCACAAAGCCGGUAAAUAAGUUGAACAUCUGUGAUUUCCACACUACGCACGUUGGUGCUCACUGUUGAGACUGAGGGUGAGGCUGGAAACUGUUAGGUCAGAUGUGGUGAAUUAAGUGCAAACACAUGCACAGUAGAAGCAACAGGAGGAUCACGAAGAUUACAGCAAACGCAGACGUGACUAGAGGAGACAUUAAGAAGUGGGUGGUUCUGGGAUGCCAGAGAUGACUGUUGCACUUCCUUUAAGUGUUUUGAUCCAAAUUACACCAAACCUCUGAGACGGAACAUGCCUGCUUGAUAAAUCUGACAGCAUACCUCACUCUUUUAUCAUACUCUAGGUUGAAAUAGGAGGGACGGAUGAGUCAGAUACCGUGAGUUUAUCAAGAUAUCGUCUUUUACCAGGACAGAUGUUCUCUGUUUUUUCCAGGCUCUGUGGGCCAGCUGAUUGCAAAGCGUGGCCGCCUGCCAGAGGACCUGAGCCUCCACUACCAUUCACAGGUCCUCUCAGCUCUGGAGUACUUAGGGAAGAAGAAGGUGGUGCAUCUGGACAUAAAAGGUACUACUAUAAGAGAACAGAACAGAAACUGGUGAUUGCAAGAAUGAAAUGGGUUAAUUCUCUUGUUCAAGAAAAAAAAAACCUGACCAUCACCAUCACUGUUACUUUAUGAAUGAUAGUGAUUUAGGAGCUUAGUAUGAGGAAAGAUGUGUUUGAAUUUUCACUAUUACAAAUUAAAUUUAGUUUCAAGUACAACUCAAAGCUCCUGAGAGGAAAUUUGGAUUUUUAUCACCCUGUAAUACAAAGUAGCACUUUUUUAUAUCUCAGUGUUGACUUUGUAUAAAUAAGUUUUUUUUUUUUUUUCCAACAAAAAUGAUGUCCUCUUUUCUCUUAAUAGACAAAGAUAUCACUCACUCUGAAUCUUUGCAGUGGAAAAUGAAAAAAAAAAAGUCUGUUUCUGCAUGGUGUGGUUUAUCACUUUGACACUUGGGAUAUUCCAAUACAACCGAUUUCUGAUUUAUUUUAACUUGAAAUCUAAAUUCCAACCAGCCAACCACUUUAAAAGAAGACACUCAGAAAAAAAAGGCAAAGUUGAGUCAAAUUUAUUUAACACAAGGUCACUGGGUGUUUGGCCUUUAAAUGUCAUAUUGGUUUGCAGCAAGUGUGACAAACAUCAUCCGAUCUAGCACCAUCAGCGUUAGGUCCUCCAGUGCUCUGGUCAAGUAGUUAUAUGCCAGUUUAUUCAUACUAUCUCUGUUUUCUGGAUUAAAUACAGCCAGUGUAACCGUGAUGCUCUACAUAAUGCCAUCUGUCAUCUGUGGUUGUUUUCAUCCAGGUAGUAGAGCAUUAUAGCUAGGUCCUCUUUUACCCAGACAUGCCCUCUUUUUGGGUGGCUGUCCGGCCUUGUCCAGGGGAGUUUAUAAAAUCCUUCAAAUGUCUGAGGUUUUGUAUGGAAGUUUUGAGUUUGUGUCGCACUCGACCUGACCGGAAAAACCCUCAAAAUUUACUAUGUGCAACUCUUAGACUCCACCCCAGCGUAGUCGUGUCCUCUUUUUGGGGAUUCAGAAUACGGUCACCCUAAUUAUAGCAUUAUGGUAGUAGCUGUUAAAUGGACCUGUCUGACUGCUCUAUAACUUUGAUACAACAUUUAGGACCUACAACGGGAAAAUAUAUUCAUUUUUUUAUAUAAUAGCCAGAUGAAUAUGCAGGGCCACGAUGAACACACGGCCACAUUCCUAUCUGGCACAAGUUUUAAUAACAGUUCGCACCCCUCUUCUUAGUAAUGCUGUUUUCAUACAGUCCACUGCCUCGCGUUAUCAUGUGUCUUGAUUGUUAUUGUUAAAGUUCAGAUUGUAAAAGUCACACCUGUGACACGAGAUACGAGCACUGACUGAUAAAUGCUUACACGAGGAAUUUAAUUGUUGUUUGACAGAUCAAAGUGUCACAUGAGUCAAAACAGUGAAGACAAAUUUGUGGGCUUGACUUUUUAUGUUAUGGUAUCGAGUGGAAAACAACAACACCCUGACAGACGAAGUCAGGUUUCUAAUUAGUUCUCAUCAGAGGAGUUUGUGUCUUUGGUUUGCAGCUGUUGUGUGGAACACAAGAGUCACAGAUACAGAUCCUCAGCACCUGUGUUGUGAAACCAGACUAGCACAGAGCAGCGACAGGCUGGGAAUUUCCCACAGCGUGACUCACCGCAGUACUUUAGAAACAGCGCAUGUGCCCAGAAUCAGGAGAGCGAGAAAGAAAAGGGAGAAUGAAACAGAGAGGGGGGAUGGGACGAGGAGCAGGAAGUAGUUAGUAGAAGAGAGAAAAAAAGACAGAAAGAGCCUAAAAAAGACACAGAGAAGAGAGAGGGUAGAAUUCAAGUGAAACAUGUGAAGAGGAAGAAGAGGAAACCCAGAAAAGGAACCGAGUUUGAGCAAGAACAAACAGACUCGAGCUGGAGGACGGACAAACAGCAUGAUUGUCUUGUGGCAGCUCAGGCGCCACCUGGUGUCUGAAAUUCCUCACUUAGGAAAAGAAAUGGUGCCAGUGGUGUUCAUCAGUUUGUUACCAGACUCCACAUUCAUUCCAUAUGAAAGUCUUUUCUACUGCAGAUGUCCCUGAGUGACUUCACAUUUCCCUCUUAUUUUGUCUUUGUCUCAGACUCUUUCCUGUCUGUGCAGCUGCCCUCGCUGUUAUUACAUAACCUUUAAAGUGCGCUCAUGGAAACAAACCUGACUGAGGAGCGUUGAGAGGCAUGUGAAAAUUGAAAAAGGUGGAUUAUUGUCUCUGCUUUUUUUUUCCCCCCACAGCUGAUAAUGUGUUGCUGUCGGAGGACGGUAGAGACACCUUCCUGUGUGACUUUGGAUAUGCAGAGAGACUGGACAAUAAGGGACAGAGCAUGAGUGGCUCGAGAGGUAAACACUUGAAGUUUUUCAGUCAGGAGUGUGGGUAACUUAUCCCCUGCUGUGUCUCACUUCAUUAUUUCCCUAACUGUAAUUCAACACAGACCUGAAGGGCUCAGAGACCCACAUGGCCCCUGAAGUCGUGAAAGGGGAACCCCGUGGAGCCAAAGCAGAUGUGUGGAGCAGCUGCUGUAUGUUACUGCACAUGCUCAAUGGGUGCCAGCCCUGGACAAGAUACUACAACUGCAUACUUUACCUGAAGGUAUGCUUUACAUCGACAAUCAGUCACUACAUCUUUCUGCUGUCCUUAUAAAUCAGACUUGAACCAAGUAUUUUUUGUCAUGAUGAUUACAGAUUGCUGAUGAGCCGCCGCCUCUGAGAGAGAUCCCACCUGACUGCAGCCGCCUCACAGCAGAAGUCCUCAAGGCGGGACUUCAGAAGGAUCCAGCAAAGAGAGCAGCGGCUUCUGACCUCAAAGAGAAAGCUGUCCGAGCUCUGAGAGAACGUGAGUCAGCCAGCUCAAGCUCAAGCACCCAGGGGCAUGUGUUCGGUGUCUUAGAGGAUGACACUUUUAGACCUGAAUAGCUUUACUCUACAGCCUUACAAAAACAAAAUAUGUGAGUGUCUCAUUAGGACCAUAGAUUGUCUAAAUCAGGACACAGAAAUGCAAAGUAAAUUUAAGACCAGAGAGACAUGACUGACGGCAAAUAAAGAAGACAGACCCUGCUGCAUGGACAUGAACCCAUCACCCUAGUGGAAAUGACGGUCCUGGAUGCAUUAACAUCACAUUAAAUAUAAUCUGUUUGUGAUUUCAGUUGGAGGGCUCACCAGUCCAGUGAAGGGUCCCUACAUAGAGCCCCUGUUUACCACCAACAAACCCUCAGACUCCCUGCAACUCCUCCACAGCAUUGUUGGCUGUGAGGAUGAUGAGGAGGUUCAAGAGGAGCGUGACUGGAAGGUGAUCACAGCCGAGAGUAACAAAAAGGAUCUCAGUGCCGACAGUGAAGAGAGGGAGUCAAAGCCAUGCCCGUCUUCCUCCCCACAAUCGCUGAUCUCUGAGCCGAACCAUAAGAGAGGCAGGAAGAUCACCACUGUGCCUGAACUGGAGCUACGUAAACUGGAGCGAGGUGCGGCUCCUCUCGGGUGUUUUGCUUCUUUAAUUCUUUGUGUUAAAUGUUUGAACUUUGCUCAGCGAUUUCUUUCUUGUUUGCAGAUUUCUAUCUGAACAGUCUGUCCCAGCUUCACUCAGCUGAGAAGCAGGAGCAGCUCUUGUCUUGCCUGAGCAGUGACCCUUAUUCCAACUGGGAACCAUGGGACAAAAAGGUAACCCUGAAUGAACAACUCCAAGAAGCUGCAGUGAGAUUAGUAACCCUGAAAGUUCAUCAAUUCAUUCAUCUUGUUUCUCUACCUGUUCCUUCCAGGACUCUGGCCGCUGGUCCCUGAGCCCAGCAGAGGACUUCAGCUCUGGUGUUUUCUCCUUCAACAGUCAGCCAGAUGUUCCAGUUUUCAGCUUGGAUUUUCUGAGUCCCUCACAGCCUCCACCUCCCUGCUGUUUUGAAGGUGAGAUGAUGAUAUAAGAACACCUUCCAAUAAGUGUCAACAUGCUAUCAGCUUCCCCCUGACUCCAUGUGAAUCCCUCUGUCCUGUGAUUGGUUCAGGGGUGGAUGUCUGCAUCAGAGACUUUAACCAGAGGAGCAUCCGCAUCAGAGAGAAGCGAUGGGUGACAGUGGGCCACAUUGCAACAGGAAUCAGUGAUCAGGUGAGGACUAGGGGCUUCACAUGCUCAUGUGUAAAGGGUCUAAUCAAGUUAGUCUGUCUCACUGAUUAUAUUGGAGUAAUUUAUUCUUUUUAAAUGUAUUUGUGUUUCUACUCUUAGAUCUCUGAGAGGGUUUUCACCAUGGAAACCGCACGAGGCCAGCAGGUUGCUCACGAUGAGGAAGUGCAGGAAUCUGGUCUGGAGCUCUGCUGCGUUCCUGCUCCAGACUUCAGCUCCGUCUGGAGGUGGAGGAUCAGAGAUGGAGUGCUGGAGACCAGAUGAUUGCCCUCAGCGCUCUCUUCCCAUUGGCUGCAGAUAUAUUAGAUAUCACAGUACAUGUACUGUACCAUUGAAUCGUCUUAAUGCCAUACCAUAACUGCCUGCUCAGUCAGCACAUUUAUUUCUAAUGUGUCGCUUUUAUUACUCUGAACAACCACUGAGCUCUUUGACUCAUGUUUACAUGUUAUGUUUUUAUUGCAUGCUUACACUGAGCCAAAUAAAGUAUUUGCAACAAUGCAA